AUGACAAUCCUCCUAACAGGUUCCCACGGAAAAACCACCCUCCCCCUCUCAACCCUCCUAUCCAAAAACAACCACCCACACCUCCUCUGUUCCCGCCACUCCCCCCCCUCCUCCUCCUCCUCCUCCUCAUCCAGCACAGUCCACACAGUCCAUUUCAACUGGCUCCACCCAUCAACCUACAUCAAUCCCUUCACCCACCCUCUAUCUCUCAAAAACCCCAUCAAAGAAAUCUACAUCACAGCCCACGAAACUCCCGAAAUCAGCGACUUGGUGAUGAAAUUUCUGAAAAUUGCGAGGGAGAAGGGGGGAGUUAGGAGGGUGGUGGUUGUUAGUGCUUGGGAAAUUGAGUCGGAUGAUAGGGGGGUUUUGAUGGGGAGGGCUUGUGCGUUUUUGAGGAGGUGGGCUGAGGAGUGGGGGGUUGAGUGGGUGGUUUUGAGGCCGCAUUAUUUUAUGGAUAACUUCCUAACCUACUACCACCCCUCGAUCCGCUCGAAACACACCCUUCCCUCGGCUUCCGGAGGAGCACAAGGAAAGAAACCCUUCAUCGAUGCUCGAGAUAUCGCUCUCGUGGCCUAUCACGCUUUAGUCGAUAAUAAUGAGGAAAAGAAGAAGAAAAUGGAGAGGAAUCGGGAAUAUAUCCUUACGGGUCCUUGCGCUUACUCGGAUGUCGAAGUAGCAACCCUCCUCUCAAAAACCCUCUCCCAGAAAGUAACCUGCCCGACCCUCCCGGAAUCAUCUUUCCGCCAAUACCUCCUCGAUCAAGAAAUCUCCCCAUACAUGGCCAACUACCUCGCCUCUUUAGAAAUGCGAAUUUCUCGCGGGGAGAUAUGCAACAGUGAACAAGUGACGGAUUGCGUGCGGGAGAUUACGGGGAAAGAUGCGAGGAGGUUGGAGGAUUUUAUUGAGGAGCAUCGGGGGAGGUGGUUGUGA